AUGGCGGGUCUCCCUCAGCGCUGUGCGCGACAACUUCUCCGCGAGCCCUUCCAGCGCGGCUCCCUUCCUCUCUUCCUCACACCCGCCUUCUCCCCGGCUCGCACACAAUGCUUCUCGACUACAACGCCAAUGCAAUCCCGUGUCGGCGGCGCCCCGAUCUCCGUUCCCCCCGAGGUAUCAUUCAGCUUGGUUGAUGUGCCCAAGUCGAUCACCCAAGUCCGUGGCAAGGAUAUACCGAAAUAUUCGGCUCAGAUCAAGGGUCCCAAAGGCGAGAUGUCUCUUACACUCCCUUCUUUCCUGACGGUCAACUAUGAUGCGACUAGCUCGAAGGCGACCAUCACUGUUGACGACGCUGAGCAACCUCAGCAGCGCGCCAUGUGGGGGACCGUGCGCGCUCUCCUCCAAAAUCACAUCACCGGCGUCUCAGAGGGGCACAUCUGCAUUCUCAGCAUGGUGGGUGUUGGUUACAGGGCCACCAUCGAGGACAAGGCGACCACCGUGACUGCCGCCUUCCCCGGCCAACAAUUCGUCUCGCUGAAGGUUGGCUUCUCCCACCCAAUUGAACUCGGCGUUCCCGAGGGUGUCAAGGCUAGCACGCCGCAGCCGACUCGCAUUCUGCUCGAGGGCGUGGACAAGCGGAAGGUGACGCAGUUUGCGGCGGAGAUUCGCGAGUGGAGACGGCCGGAGCCUUAUAAGGGCAAGGGUAUCUUUGUUAAUGGAGAGACUAUCAAGCUCAAGGCCAAGAAGAUUAAAUAG